AUGAAGGAUGGGGAAGCAUUCGGGAGACACAAGGCUGAUGGACGAGAUUAUGAAUUUUACGGCGGAUGGUCUCAGAAUCGGCUUGGGCUUGGCACUCCAUUGGUUGCUCAACUUAGCACUCCAUUCGUUGCUCAACAUGACACUCCGUUCGUCGCUCAGCGUGACACUUCGUUCGUCGUUCAAUGCGGCACUCCGUUCGUUGCUCAACACGACACUCCGUUUGUCGCUCAGCGCGACACUUCUUUCGUCACUCAAUGCGGCACUCCGUUCGCCGCUCAGUGCAGCACUCCGUUCGCCGCUCAACUCGGCACUCUGUUUGCCGCUCAGCUCGCCACUUCGCUCACCGCUCAACUUGGCACUAUCUUGGCAGUCCAUUCGUCAUUUAGCCCGGCACUCUAUUCGUCACUUUGCCAGGAAUACUCGCCGCUCUACUCAACACAUAUAUAUUCGCCGCUUUCUCAACACGCUUUUACUGCUAAAUCCUCGCUCGCUGCUUCUUCGCUCGGCACUCCAUUCGCUGCUCAACGCGGUACUCUGUUCACCGCUCAACGCGGCACUCCGUUCGCCGCUCAACGCGGCACUCCGUUCAUCGAUCAGCGCAGCACUCCGUUUGCCGCUCAGCGCGACACUCCGUUCGCCGCUCAGUGCGGUACUCUAUUCGCCGCUCAGCUCGGCACUCCGUUCGCCGCUCAACAAGACACUCCGUUCGCAGCUCAACAUGACACUUCCAUUUCAUUCAUCACUCAGUUCGACACUUCGUUCGUCGCUUUGCUCGGCACUCCAUUCGUCGUUCAACUCGGCACUCCAUUCGUCGUUCAACUCGGCACUCCAUUCGUCGCUUUUCCCGACAUACUCGCGGCUCUGCUCGACACAUAUUUGCAUUGCCCCGCAUAUUCGCCGCUCUGCUCAACACAUAUUCGCUUUGCCUGGCAUACUUGCUUUACUACUUGA